UCCCGUGGGAGAUGUGACCACACACAAUCUGACCCUUUCAGUGUUUCUGCUUGAUAUUGUUAACUGUUCGAUAAUGGCGGUUGUGACGAGCCUCGAUUCGCUUCUGGAGAAGCUCAAAGUGGAGGAUCCGUACCUUACACCGCGAAAUUGGGAAUCCUUACAUUCUGAGAACGGCCGAUUUCCUCCAACUCGUGCUUCUACUUCGUCUUCUUCCUCUGUCUGUGAAUCAAGCUUGGUUAGGUUGGCGUUGACUGCUCUGCAAGGUGUCGAGUCGUCUCUUAUUAGCAUCGAGAAGCUCUCUUCUGUGUUAUGCUCUGACCCAGCUGACAGGACCACCCACACAAUUCCGAGCCUGUGGCAUCGGUUGUCAAGCACGGAUGCGUUGGGACAGAUUCUUAGAAACAUAGGCUGCUUUGGUUCUUUGGUUUUUCUUCUCCAUAAGUUUGUAGACUAUUUCACAAGCGUGAGGUUGGAUGAGGAAACAGCUGUUCAGGGACAGGGGAGCUAUAAAGUGGGUGAAAAUGAAGAAGCCAGUAAUAAGAGCUGCUACACUCUUGUUAAUCAGGCUUUUGCUAUUGCUGUUAGAAAGGUCCUACAAGGCUAUAUAUCUGGACUGGAUACUUUGUGCGCAUCAAUAGAACUGAGGCGUGCUUCGAACAUUGUUGAUGGGUCUGAAAAUGGUUCCUCUUGGCGUGGCUGCCUUACGAAUGUUGUUCAUCCAAAGAUAACAUUAUUGGAAGUUUUUCUCCAUACUAGACACUUACGAACACAGAUUGAAGCUCUUGCGAGCGUAUGUGGUUUGUAUGAUGUAUCCCUAUCUUAUUGUGGCUCUCCUUGGGAAUGUUUGAUUACUGAAGCAACCGUGCGAUUUCAUGGGUUCUACAGAGGAAGCGACCUGCUUACUUACUUGUAUUCACAACUUAAGGUUGCUGAUCCUGCUCACAGUGCUAUGCUUAAAUUUUUGUUCCUAAAAGCUUGUGAGCCAUAUUGCGAGUUUAUAAGAUCUUGGAUAUUUAAAGCCGAACUUAACGAUCCUCAUAAAGAGUUCAUUAUGGAUUGCGCCAGUGAAUCGACAUCAUUUUCUUGGAAUAAGCCUGGCAUCUCCCCACUGAAGAAGGUCAGGGAGCAAGAAGUAGGGCUUCUUCCAUGUUUCUUGGAUGGCUUCUUGGUACCUAUACUGAGGGCCGGUCAACAGCUCCAAGUAAUUACAAAACUUCUUGAACUGUGUAAUCCUGCAUGUGGACACAGAACUUUCGCAGAUCUUCUUCCCUGUUGGACAUAUUAUUCCUCUACUAGUCUACUGGACCCAUCUCCAAUAACUUUCAAUAAAUUGCAUAUAGAAGUGAUGAUGCAGAAAAGAAAGGACUACUACAGAAGAUUGCAAAAAAAACUUGGUGAUCCUUCAAAAAAGUUUGAACUGUUCCUUGGACAGGUUCCUGGAGCAAUAUCUUUGCCAAUAUCUUGUCGUGACGCACUAAUUCCUUCAACAGUGGCAAUGGACUUGACCAGGGAUCAGAAUGGUUCAGAUUCAGAUGACCAGAAAACAGAAGACAGAUGGUUUUCAGAGAUAGAUGUGUCAUGCUCAUCUGAAUGUUCAUCGACAAGGGACUCUUCAGAAGCAUCCGAUGUUGGACUCCUUGAUUCACAAAGUACAUUGAUGGGACCUUCACAAAAUUAUUUAUCGGCUCUACGUUUCUCUGUUGCCUCCGAUAGAAAUUGUAAUCAGAAUUUGGUUCAGCAUAGUGAAACGGGUUUUAUAGACAAUAAUUUGGUGAGGAAGGCUGAGAAGGCAGAUACUCAUCGCCAGUGGAUGGACACUGAGCCAGAAGAGUCAGGUGAAGUAUGUGAGGAUGAGAAAUCUGGUGGGCCUCUUUCUAUUAAGUCAUGGCCCCUUGGUGGACUACCUAGGAAUCCAUUUUGUGUUGAUAAGUACGCGGAAGAUAACAGAGAAUAUCCACGAAGUGAUUCAGGAGCUAAGAUGGAACAAAGACACUUAAUGAAUACUGAUGAUAGCAUUAGCACGCUGUUAUUAAAUAAUAUUCCCAUGGGCGGUAGUUAUUCGAAGCAGGAGAGAAACCAUGAUAUGCUGAAAAACUGUUCCUCAACAAAAUUGUGGAAAGACACAAAGGUAAGCUACCCUUACGAGGUGCUCAGCAUGAACCCUGUUCUGAGAUGUGAUUUCCUGGACAAGCAUGGAAACAUAAACAGGAGGGACCAGGGGAAAUUAUUGCCUUUGUUUGAUUUCUCUGUGGUGGAUAACCCUUCCAAAACAUGUGUUGCCAGGAUACCUGUAGGAUUCCCUGUUGAUUUUCACGUGGAAUCCCACAGUUCUCUGACUGCUAGAAAGUGUCUUUCCCAUGCCAACCAAGAAUGUUUGAUAAAUAGGUUUGAUGUUGACGACCCUAAAGUUUCUAGCAGUCAUUUAUCUUCGGGUUUGCGAGGUUGUGUUGAAGAAAAAAAAUCAAAUGCAGUUGGUGGAAGUAGAUGGGAGGGUAUGCUUCUCAAAUCAAAUAAACCUGAAACGAGUGCAUUUAGUGAUCGCAGAGAGAACACCUCUGGCUCAUUUGAAUUGCCGCUUGAUUUUGUUAUAGACAAGUGUCUACUGCAGGAAAUACUUCUUCAAUAUAACUUUGUCAGUAAGCUAGCUAUCAAGUUGCUCGAAGAAGGAUUUGGCUUGCAAGAACAUCUCCUAGCUCUACGCAGAUAUCACUUUAUGGAACUAGCAGACUGGGCUGAUGUAUUUGUUGUGUCCCUAUGGCAUCAUAAAGGGCUUGUUACGGAGGCAGAUAAGAGAAUAGCAGAAAUCCAAGGGUUUCUAGAAUCUUCACUUCAGAGAUCAUCAUGUGAACGAGACAUUUGUAAGGACAGGUUGUUUUUGUACAGAAGACAAGGCUCAGUGCAUCUUCCGCCAUCAACCAUUGGAGUGCGUUCUUUUGAUUUCCUAGGGUUGGGGUAUCGAGUUGACUGGCCAAUCAGUAUGAUUUUAACAUGUGAUGCGCUGAAAGCAUAUGCUGAUGUAUUUAGCUUUCUUGUUCAAUUGAAACUAGCAGCCUAUGUAUUAACUGACGUCUGGUGUUCACUGAAGGAUAUACGACAUACGAUGCAUGAGAAUAAAGAGGGGAUAGCGAAGCAAGAACUCCGAUGGUUAAAGAUGUUGAUGAAACUAAGGCACCAGAUCAACCAUUUUGUAUCAACACUACAGCAAUAUGUACAUUCGGAAUUGUCUCACGUAUCAUGGGCCAAGUUACUUCAUUCCCUGAAGCAUAAGGUCAAGGAUAUGAUGGAUCUUGAGUCUGUGCAUAUGGGUUAUCUAAGUAAAGCUCUGCGCAUAUGUUUUCUAUCUGAUGAAACCCGAGUCAUAUCAAACACCAUAGAGAACAUCUUACAAUGCGUACUGGACUUCCGGUCUUGUCUUGCCGGAGGCAUUCAAAAUACAGCUCGAGUUCCAAAUGAUUCAUGGACAAAAACGCUAGGCAUAAACACAUCUCAGGUGAUAGUGGUGAAGCAGAAGUUUGAGAAAGAGUUGAAGGAUCUGCAUUUGUGUCACCUGAAAUCACCAGAACACGAGAGGUCUGGCCUCUCUCGCUUCUGGGACUGCCUCAAUUUCAACCUCUUCUAUUCAGAUAUCAUUCAUGAUUCUAACAGCUUCACUCUUGUUCCUUAGAAACCAAUGAAUGACACGCUUAACAUUCAAAUUAUUA